AAAAGAAAUCAAACCCAGAAAAUUCGAUAUCUCUCUGGUCACGUUUAUUGAAAUCUCAUCAGAAGAUCAUCUUCAUCACCCGAUCAACGCCCAAGAUAGUGUAUUUUAAAGAAGAAUUUGAUGAAUGAGUCCCAAAAACGGUAGGGACCAUGAGAACGGCGUCAGGUGCGAGAAGAGGAAGAAGUCUAUUCUUCCGAAGAUUUUUGGAUCGAGGCGAUGCGGUAAAGAGGAGGAUGCGUCGCCUAUCAUGGACAACAGAGGAGACGACGACGCCGUUCUUCACGCAGAUUUGGAAAGACGAAUCACUUCCCGGAAGAAACCCUUCUCCGACAAUCCUCCGAUGAUACGGAAGACUUUCUCAGCGAGACAGACAAGUCCCAGGAUCGAGGGCUUGAACUUAUCCAGUUUCGACAGACCUAUGGCGCAUAGAACUGAGAUUCGGGAACUCAGGGUGUUUGUAGCUACAUGGAAUGUCGGAGGGAGAACACCGAACAACGAUUUAAACCUGGAAGACUUCUUGCUCGUGGAAGGAACCGCAGAUCUGUAUAUCUGUGGGUUUCAGGAAAUCGUUCCGCUGAGUGCAGGAAAUGUGUUAGUCGUUGAAGACAACGAGCCUGCUGCAAAAUGGUUAGCCCUAAUAAGUCAAGCUCUGAACAAACCGAACGAAGACACAAACUACUCGAAUGCCACUUUCUCCGGAUCAAGAAUCACAACGGGCUGGGAGGGAAGAAGGAUUAGAAAGAUGAGUGAUCCUACAGAUAAUCUCGAGCCGGUGAAUUUCAGAGUGCAUGAAAACUUUCUCUUUGAUGAUGUUCCAGCUUCUACGAGGAUGCCAGGCCAAAAGAGUUACGGAUUGAUCGCGAGCAAGCAAAUGGUCGGUUUGUUCCUCUCUGUUUGGGCAAGAAAAGAGCUGAUUCCACAUAUAUCACAUCUCAGGUUGGAUUCUGUGGGAAGAGGGAUAAUGGGUCGCUUGGGGAAUAAGGGAUGUAUUGCCAUAAGCAUGUCACUGCACCAGACAAGCUUUUGUUUUGUCUGUAGCCACUUAGCUUCUGGUGAGAAAGAGGGCGACGAGCAGCGGCGAAACGCAGACGUGGCAGAGAUUCUGAAACAUACCCAGUUCCCGAAAAUCUCCAAGAACCCUAAUUGUGGUGCCCCCGAGAGGAUAGUAGAGCACGACCGAGUGAUUUGGCUCGGAGAUCUGAAUUACCGGGUGGCUUUAAGCUACGAGGAGACGAGGGUACUACUAGAGGAUAAUGACUGGGACACUCUUCUUGAGAAAGAUCAGCUGAACAUAGAGAGGGAAGCAGGAAGAGUGUUCUCCAGGUUUCAAGAAGGCCAAAUCCUCUUCGCCCCGACAUACAAAUACUCACAUAACUCGGAUGCAUACGCCGGAGAAACCACUAAGUCCAAGAAAAAACGCCGUACCCCUGCCUGGUGUGACAGGAUACUAUGGCGAGGAAAUGGGAUAGAACAGCUCUCUUAUAUAAGGGGCGAAUCGAGAUUCUCAGACCACAGACCGGUUUGUGCUGUCUUCGCCGUCGAAGUGAAAGUGAAGAACGCCAGCAAGAGUAGAUUCAGGAAAGGUUUGUCCUGUGCCUCCACAAGACUUGAUUUUGAUGAUUGCAUACCCAAAAGGCAUAGCUUUUACGACUGAAAAAAAAAAGGACAGAAAGGAGAUCAGAAGAAUUUUUUUUUUUUUACAGCUCAAGUUGUAUAGUAUAAAAAGGCUUCGACCAUCAACUCUGAUUUUCUCUGUUUUUUAACUCUCAUUCCUUCAUUGUGGCUGUCAUAGAGACAUGUAACUGCAGAAACAAGUUUGAUUUCGUUGCAUCAACUGGAAAAACCAAACUUGUUUCCUGAA